AUGUUUUAUAGAGCGGUCGUCGUUGCCGACCCUUUGGCUCGGUCGCUCAUUCGCGCGAGCCCGUGUCGAAGCCUUAAGCGUCCCCGAUACAACCAGCCCGCGUGUCGCUAUUCCUCAACAGCUGCUUCCACCUUACAUACGAACUUCCAAGAGCCACCGCUGCCCAACAUCGCGCCCGAAAAGAAUGUGACAUCCCCACAAACGCUGACGGAGAAGAUCCUUCAACGCUAUUCGGUCGAUCUUCCGAAGGGCAAGGUUGUCCGAAGCGGCGACUACGUUCAGAUUCGACCUCACAGAUGCCUCACACACGAUAAUACCUGGCCUGUGGCCAUGAGAUUCAUGUCCACAGGUGCCACCAAGAUCAAGGAUCCUUCUCAGCUUGUCUUUGCGCUUGAUCACGAUGUGCAGAACACAAGCCCCAGUAACUUGAAGAAGUACAAGCAGAUACAGGAGUUUGGCAAAAAGCAUGGCGUCAACUUUUUCCCCGCAGGUCAUGGGAUCGGCCACCAAAUUAUGGCAAGUUUCUCCGCGUCGAAUUUAUACUGGGAACCCGUUGAAGAGCUUUUCGUUUGGCCAGGAACCCUAUGCGUUGGGUCUGACAGCCACAGCAACAUGUACGGAGCUCUGGCAAGCUUGGGAGUUGCCUUGGUCAGGACCGACGCCGCCGGAAUAUUCGCCACUGGGAAGAGUUGGUUCCAGUGUCCCCCCGUCGUGCAAGUGAAUCUUCUCGGCACACUACCCCCAGGUGUUCGCGGGAAGGAUGUUAUCAUUGCGCUUUGUGGGCUCUUCCCACUGGAUGUGCUGAACCAUAGCGUUGAAUUUGUGGGAUCGGAGGAAACCAUGGCUAGUAUUCCCAUGGACGACCGUCUGACAAUCAGCAAUAUGUCGACUGAGUGGUCUGCAACAUCCGCAAUGUUUCCGAUGGACACGACACUAGAACGUUGGCUCCGAUACAAGGCUACAGAGGCAGCAAUGUUCCCAGAUCGAACGACUCGACAACGAAUUACACACGAAAUGGUUGACGAACUAUUUGCCAACCCUCUUCGAUCUGAUCCCGGAGCGCAUUAUGCAAAGAAACUCUACCUUGACCUCUCUACUCUGUCGCCUUACAUCUCGGGACCUAACUCGGUCAAAAUCUCGACCCCCCUGCAUGACCUCGCUAAACAAAACAUCAAGGUAGACAAGGGAUACAUCGUAAGCUGCACCAACUCGCGAAGCUCGGAUCUGAAGGCUGCAGCCAAGGUAUUUCAAGCUGCCGCCGAGUCAAAUGGCGGCAAAAUUCCCAAAAUUGCAGACGGCGUUAAGCUAUACAUUGCAGCAGCUUCAGCCAGAGAGCAGGCUAUUGCUGAGGAUGAAGGUAGCUGGCAGACCUUGGUUGAGGCUGGAGCCACCGUGCUCCCACCCUCAUGUGGCCCGUGUAUCGGACUGGGCACGGGUCUGCUAGAGGAUGGCGAGGUGGGAGUUUCCGCAUCCAACCGCAAUUUUAAGGGCCGUCUCGGAUCAAGACUGGCCCAUGCAUACCUGAGCAGCCCCGAAGUCGUGGCCGCCAGCGUCCUGAACGGCGUUCUUUCAGGUCCUGGUGUUUACGAGGCGCCGGAGAACUAUAACGGCGUACAGCACGGUUACGGUACCGGAAAACCUGCAACAAUCGAAAACGAGCUCGACAAUGCCCUUGAACAGCUCGAGUCUCUAAUCGACAGGGUUCAGACGACUGCUCAAGUCGGCGACGAUGAUGCCCAAGCAGUCACGAAGAUCCUCCCAGGCUUCCCAGCCAAGAUAAGCGGUGAAAUCCUCUUCGCUGAUGCCGACAAUCUUGACACCGACAACAUAUAUGCGGGCAAAUAUACCUAUCAAGACGAUAUGACGACGGAAGACAUGGCAAAAGUCUGCAUGGAGAAUUACGACCCGGAGUUCAGGUCGAUCGUAAAGCCUAACGACAUCCUCGUCUCAGGGUUCAAUUUUGGAACUGGCUCGUCGAGAGAGCAAGCCGCAACAGCUCUUCUGGCCAGGCACAUCCCACUUGUUGUGGCAGGCAGCUUCUCUAACAUUUUUGUCCGGAACGGUAUCAAUAAUGCACUGCCGUGUCUAGAACUGCCGCGUUUGGUGGAGCGUCUUCGAACUGUCUUCCCAGAAAAGGUACCUACCAGGCGUACAGGCUGGACCCUGACAUGGGAUAUCUCCCGGAGCACGAUUGAGGUACAGGAAGGAGAAAAUGGGGAACGGUGGGAGCAGAAGGUUGGAGAAUUUCCCGAGAAUCUUCAGGAGAUUGUGGCAAAGGGGGGGUUGGUAGGAUGGAUCAAGGCCGAGCUUGCGAAGGCUUCCUGA